ACCCUUCAAAGUGACCCAAACGUUCUUGUCCUCAUCAGCGCUGGAAAGUCCUACAUCGCAUAUUUAAUCGUACGUAUUGUGCAAUUGUGCCUCCGACGGCGGUCGUUGUGAGUCUGCGUCAGGAGGCGAGUGAGCGUUGCGGAGAUGGAGGCGACAGGAAAAGGAAAGCGGCAGUGUGCGUGUGUGUGUGUGUGUUUGUGUGCGCAUAACUCAGGGUUGUGUGUGGCCAGUGGGUGGGUGCGUCAGUCAGUCGCAGAGAGUCGGUCGGUCGGUCGGUCGGACGGACGGUCCCGGCUCUCUGCAGCACACUCGGCUGCCGAGCGGGAGCGUCGGCGUGCGUCUGCGGGACGUCCUGAGGGCGGAUGGACUAGCUAAAGGCUGCCGGGAGAGGAUUUGUGGUUCCGUUGAGUCCGGUCGUCUGUUCCCUACCGCUCAAGAACUGGCGAUGCCAUGCUGGCCCAGAGGAACGGGCUCCCCUCGGGCCGCAAGCCGGUUCCCCUGAGGGAUCCCGCCGACGCCGAGGGCUGCCGCUCCCAGUCGGCCUCCCCCUCGUCCGGAACGUGUCCCUGGGCUCGGCUGGCCGGGGCGGACUGCUGCUUGUCGGAGCCGUACUGCCUGUGGUUCCAGCUUUUAGCCAGAGCCUACUGGGGCGAAUUGGAGCUGGGUCUCAAGACUUCCACCCGCGGCGUCUCCUGGGCUCGGCUGCGGGAAGCCUCCAGAAAGAACUGCGUGCGAUCGCGGACCAAGUGGAAGGAUGGGCCCAAGCAGAGCGAGGCGGCGACGCCGGCGACGGCGACGGCCUCGCCGGGGCCGGACGAGGAGCCCUUCUCCUGGCCCGGGCCCAAGACGCUCCGUCUCCGCCGGACCUCCCACGGCUUCGGCUUCACGCUGCGCCACUUCAUCGUCUACCCGCCCGAGUCUGCCGUGCACAACUCUCUCAAGGAUGAAGAAAGCAGCAGCCGAGGAAGGCAACGGAGUCGCUUGGAGCCCAUGGACACCAUUUUCGUCAAGCAAGUCAAGGACGGAGGCCCCGCCCACCGAGCCGGGCUCUCCACGGGCGAUCGCAUCGUGAAGGUGAACGGCGAGAGCAUCAUCGGCAAGACGUACUCGCAGGUCAUCGCCUUGAUCCAGAACAGCGACGCCUCGCUGGAGCUGUGCGUGAUGCCGAAGGACGAGGACAUUCUGCAGCUGUUUUCCAGGGACAUCACGGCUCUGGCGUAUUCUCAGGACGCGUACCUCAAAGGAAACGCGGCCUACAGCGGAAACGCCCGGAACAUCCCCGAGCCGCCGCCCAUAUGCUACCCCCGGAUAGAAAUCCAGGCUGCGGGCGAGCCCCCCGCCGUCAACAGCGCGGCUCUGGGCCCGUCGGAGAAGAGCCACCGGGGGGGAAUUCCAGCGCCGCAGACGGUGGUGUGCGUCUGUAACGACAACCUGAGGACGGCGACCGCAACCCCCGAGCGAGCGGAUCGGGGCGCGCGGUCCGCUCGGGUCUGCCACAGGAGCGAGGACAACCGGCACAGUCCUUCCACGGAAACGGCGUCUCCGGUGCCCCCAGCCCCGGCGGGUGCGCAGGUUCCACAUCUUUCUUCACAGCACGCGGCGACGGCCCUGCUCCACCCCUCCACGGGCGCCACCCGCCCCGACAACUGCCCGCCAGGGGCGUCUCCCGCCGUCGCCUCGCCGGACGCGUUGUCACCCAAAGCCGACCGCCGCCCCACCUCGCCCGCGACCCCCUCCUCGUCCUCCCCACUCCAGAACAUCGACUGGAGGAACUACACCACCUACAAGGACUACAUCGACGCCAAGAGGCUGCACACGUACGGCUGCCGCACCAUCCAGGAGCGCUUGGACAGUUUGCAAGCCGCCUCCAGCUCAAGCUCCGCCUACAGCCAGCAGCGAGCGUCCCCGCCGUGCAGUAGCCAGAGAGGGUCGACGGCGUCUCAGGUCAGAUGGAGGAGCGUGUCGACCGACCGGGGGGCGAACGGCGGCCCGCGGGCUCCCCCGCUCCGAAGCGCUUCCCAGGACAGGCUCGGCGGGUCGGAGCGGAGCGGGAACUGCCCCCGGAGCGCUUCCCAAGACGCGCUGCCGGAUGAAGCUCGGGCGCGCUCUUUCGACUACCUGGGCCGGCGGCCCGCGGAGCAACGCGGGCUCGGCGCCGCAGACCGGACCGGUUUGGAGGAGCGUCUCCUGCUUUGCCAGGGCGAGGAGGCCAGAGCCAGCAGGCAGGGAGCGACCCAAAGAACUUUCCCUCAUCUCAACCGCGGUCUCGCCGCGCAGGACGCAGACGGACAAGCGAGCGGAUUAUCAAAUUCUUCUUUGGCCGAUCGAACGUGUAGCAAACCUCCGCUGAGGGCGGACGGCAACGUGACGAGGCCCUCGCGGCUUCACGUCAAAAAUUCCAGCGCCGAGCCCUCGGCUGGCGCUGAGACCCCGGACUUGCCGAAAGAGCGAAGAAGUCGUCUGGCCGCAAACCACGCGGGCCACACGUCGCCUCUGCACGUGGAGCUCAGGACUCGGGCCGACAGUCUGAAAAUGGAGAGCAGGUCUGAGGCCAGUUUGGCACCCAGGUCUUCGUCUUGUUCGGGGCCCUCGUGUAAAAUCAACGGUCCCGACGCCGGUGGAGCCGUGAGCCCAAAGCCGCGGUCCUCCGUACGGAGCAAUGGGGGUCCGCCGGAGGGCGUGGAAGGACUCGACGCCACCGUGGUCGUCCUGAGGAAGGACAAAAACACCGGAGCCGCUCGCGCCUGCCCGCCGUCCUACGUCUUUACCGUCUGUGACAACCGAGGGGGCGCGAACCUGAAGCCGCCGGCGUUGGUGAAGGCCGGUUCUGCCGACGCGGUUGCGCGCUGGGCCGACGGCCGCGGGGAGCCGCGUCUCAGGAGGUCGGGGGUCGCUCGGCAAAGGAGGGGCUCCCGCGACCUGGGUGACUCCCUGGACUCCAUCCCCUUCAUAGACGAACCAUCCAGUCCCAGCACGGACGCGGACGCCAUCAACAUUCCGGCCUCGGCCGUCAUCUCCGCCGCGCCCGUCAUCGCCGGCGUGCCGCCCGGCGCCGCCUCGCCGCUCAUGCGCCGCCACAUGUCGCACGAUCACGAUUCCCUGCGGCUCACCAUCAUCGAGUCGGACUCCGGGGGUAAAACCGAGCGUUCCUUGUCCUGCGACGAAGGCUUGGAUAACUACCGGGAAGACGGCGGCGGGAGGUCCCUGAUCGCUGGGCUGAAAGGCCUCAGGAAGGCGGCGGACGGGUCGUCGGAAGACUCCGGAUCCAGGAGGGAUUCGUCGUCCGAUGUGUUUUGCGACGCCGCUCGGGAGGGUCUGCUGCACUUCAAGCAGUUGAAUACCGACAAGGGGAAGGUGUACGCCGUGCUGAGGGGCCACCACCUGUGCCUGUACAAGGACAAGAAGGACGGGCGGGCCCACGCCGGCUGCCGGACGCCGGACGAGCCGCCGCCCAUCAGCGUGCGCGCCUGCCUGGUGGACAUCUCCUACAGCGACACCAAGCGCAAGAACGUCCUGCGCCUCACCACGUCCGACCGCGAGUUCCUGUUCCAGGCCGAGGACCGCGACGACAUGCUGGCCUGGAUCCGCGUCAUCCAGCAGAGCGCCGACCCCGACGAGCAGGGCGGGGUCUUCACCAGCCACGACCUCAUCAGUCGCAAGAUCAGAGAGUACAACACCCUGAUGAGCCCGACGGGCGGCAAGACGGAGCCGUCGCCGCGCUCGUCUCGCCAGUCGCUGAGCAUCCGCCACAGCCUGCUGGGGGGCAAAGGCGACGCCAAGGCGCCCGGCCCGCACUCGCCCAAGCCCGAGCAGGAAAAGAAGAACGCUCACAAAGACGACGCCAGCCCCCCCAAGGACAAGGGGCCGUGGAGGAGGGGCAUCCCGGGCCUGAUGAGGAAACCCUUCGAGAAGAAAGCGUCUCCGGGGGUCACCUUCGGCGUGCGGCUGGACGACUGCCCUCCCGCCCGCGACAACAAGUUUGUGCCGCUGAUCGUGGACGUGUGCUGCAAGCUGGUGGAGGAGCGAGGCCUGGAGUACACGGGCAUCUACAGGGUGCCGGGCAACAACGCCGCCAUCUCCAGCAUGCAGGACGAGCUCAACAACAAGGGCACGCACGACAUCGACGUCCAGGACGACAAAUGGCGAGAUCUCAACGUCAUCAGCAGCUUGCUGAAAUCGUUCUUCCGCAAGCUCCCCGAGCCGCUCUUCACCAACGAAAGGUACGCCGACUUUAUCGAGGCCAACAGAAUCGAAGACCCCGUGCAGAGGCUCAAAGCGCUGAAGCGGCUGCUUCACGAGCUUCCCGACCAUCACUUCGAAACCCUCAAGUUCCUGUCUGCUCACCUGAGAACCGUGGCGGACCACUCGGAGAAGAACAAGAUGGAGCCGAGGAACCUGGCCAUCGUGUUCGGUCCGACGCUGGUGCGCACCACCGAGGACAACAUGACCCGCAUGGUGACGCACAUGCCCGACCAGUACAAGAUCGUGGAGACCCUCAUCCAGAACUACGACUGGUUCUUCACCGAAGAAGGCAACUGCGAUCCGGUGACGGCGUCGCCCGAGCAGAGCGCCGUGGAGUCGCAGCCGCUGCCCAACAUCGACCACCUGCUCACCAACAUCGGGCGCACGGGCACGCCGCAGGGCGAGGUGUCGGAUUCUCCUACCAGUGACUCGGCCAAGUCGAAGGGUUCCUGGGGGUCCGGGAAGGACCCGUCCGGCCGAGACCUCCUGGUCUCCUCCAUCUUUGCUGCGGCCACCCGCAAAAGAAAGAAGUCCAAGGAGAAAGUGCAGCCCAGCAGCUCCGACGAUGACCUGGACGCAGUUUUUACCAGGAAGGAAAUCCCCGGGAAGAAGGCGGAUCCGCAGCGGGACACCCGGAGCGGCGUGGAGACCGAGAACGGCAAAAGCGCCGAGCUGACCCCCAGAGCCAAGCGGGACGCAAGGCACCCUUCCCCGGACAUCGGCCGCCAAGGCGUCCGUCGGGGCAAAACCUCCUCGUCGGACCCGCCGUCGUCGGACCUCGGCACGCUGAGCUCCGGCGCGUCGGUCGUGCCGAAGGCGUCCGCCGACCUCCGGGCGGGACCGGCCGGAGUCGCCGAGGUGGACGUGAGCUCCAUCACCUCGGACUACUCCACCACCUCGUCCGUCACCUUCCCGACCGGCGCAGAGUCCCUGGCGCUGAGCCCCGAGCUGCAGGCCGGCGAAGAGGCGGACGACGAGCGCAGCGAGCUGGUCAGCGAGGGUCGGCCCGCGGAGACGGACAGCGAAAGCGACUUCCCGGUGUUCGCCCAGUCCACGCCGUGCCCUGAGAAGGAGGGCGGGGGUGGCAGAACCGAGAUGGAAGGGCGCCGUCUUUUCCCCACGCAGAAGAUGAUGGAAUGCGACACGAUCUCUCGCCGCCGGUCGCUCCGGCACAAGACGGACAGCGAGUCGUCUGCGGAGGUGGCGGGCGGCGAGGGGCGGGCGGAGGCCUCCACGCGACUGGCGCGUGUCCUGGAGGUGAUGAAGAAGGGCCGGUCCACCAGCAGCCUCACCUCGUCGUCCCGCAGCGAGUCCGAGCGCUCGGAACCCCCCGCCUGGCACCUCAAGAUCACCGAGCGCCUCAAGUUCAAGGUCCGGGCCUCCUCCGACGACAUGUUCCCCCCAAAGAGCCGCGACGGCCGGCGCCGGAACAACAUCCGCCGGCGGCACACCAUGGGCGGACAGAGGGACUUCGCCCAACUUGCCGCCAUCCACGACUGGCGGGAGCAGGGCGGCGCCGACCAGACGGCGGAGCUGUCGCUCCUGGACCGCCUGAAACCUCGGCGGGCCUCGCAGGACUUCAGCAUCCGCGACUGGCUCGGCCCGGGAGGUGGGGGGCCAGCGUCCCCCCCGCCGGCAAACGCGGAGCCGGCGCCCAAAUCCGUCCCCGGGGACGCGGACGCCCAGGACGCGGCGACCGCCAACGGCAAAAGCAGAUCUCCGCUCGGGGACGACGCUCAUCCUCACAAACUGUCGGGGGCGCAGGUGGUGCGCUCGCGUUUCUAUCAGUACCUCUGACCCCCUCCCCCCUCCCCCCCAAAAAAAAAAGAAUGUUUUGUUGUCGUACGAAUGUGCUCUCGCAGCUGUACAAGUUUUCUUUUUUUCUACAAGGUUUAUGUGUAGAUACCGUGUAGAGCUGCCAUCUUUGUUACCGGCAGGCUUGAUGAUGGCCAUCGCUGGCCAGACUGGAACUCGACGUCCUCUUGCACGCCCCAACGUUUGUUUGUUUUUGUUUUUUUUGUGUGUGUGUUUUUAUGAAGAAUGUAUAACUUUCCUACUUGGACUAACACGCGUUAGUUUUGUUUGUUUGUUUCCACCAGUUUACAGUGUUCCUCCGCUACUUGAAUAGCUGAAAUUGGCGAGUCAUCGGCACCCACCCCGGAAAGAGUUGCAAUGGCACAGAUUUGCCGCAAGUUUUCUCGUAGACAGCAUCGUUCCUUGGCACCAAAAGGCCACCGUAUGACGUCAAAUGAAUGUUAUUAUAUCAGACGUGGCUUUGGCCUGAGCCCAAAAAUCUAAUAUGUUCCCGCAAAAGAUCUGAAAUGGGCAAAAUUUGCAAUAGCGACACCCCCUAACUACGAAUGGGGCUAACGGACCAUGAAGUUUGUAAUAGCGUGUGUUCACCACGAGAUGGCGGCAGUAAAGCAGCACUUGUGUAAAAACAAAAUGAAAAUUAAAAAAUAAACAAAGAUCCCACCAGAUGACGCCAAAGUAAUGUUUUCCUAUUUUGGCCUAAAAUUUAAAAAAAAAUCUGAAUGCCAAAACGCAAAUAUGCGGGAGUGGACCUCAGGUGCACAUGUAUCGGGGCGCGGCUCUCGCUCAAUUUCUGUCAGAACCGCAACCUCAAACCUUACCCGUUUGGUCAACAAAAGCGUGCUUGGAUAAGUUUGUCUUGUUUGCAAAAAGACGGAAAACUUCUCCAUUGUUUUGUCAAUGUCGUGUUUGCAGCGCGGAAAUAUGAAUAAAUUGCAAUUUUGUCAAAAACAAUUCAAUGUCACAUAAUGCUCACGUAUGUCUUUUUUUUUUUUUUUUUUAGUCCCAAUCUCAGGCAGGGUAAUGUCCCAAAAAGGAUUAUUGAUUUUAUUUUAAAUUUUUUUUGGGGGGGGUCAAUAUGUUUUUACCUAGCAAAAAGAAAAAAAAAAGUGCCUCCCCCCCCAAGCAUCACUUCGCGCUCCCUCAACACGUUUGGCUUCGUUUUGUUUUCUCCGUUUGUUUUCUUCAACAGCGACGUCGUUUGCGGACGCGAUGCAAUGACCCCCCCCCCAAGAAGAACACUGGAAAU